CGUGCGCAGCCGCCGCUGGAAGCCACCAGGCGGCGGAGAGGACAGCGGCAAGGAGGGAGGGGCCCAAUCCACCGACUGCAGGAGGAGAAGGGGUUGUGCUCCUGGCCGAGGAAGGAGAAAGGGGCGGGGCCGGCGGGCAGCGCGCGGCUGUGCAGAGCUCCUGAGGCCGGCGGGCAGGCGGGGGUCUGUGGCCCUAGCCGUUGCAGUGGCCGCCGCCGUCACUUGGUCCCCGUCGGUCUGCGGGAGGCGGGUUAUGGCGGCGGCGGCAGUGAGAGCUGUGAAUGAAUUCUCCGGGUGGACGAGGAAAGAAGAAAGGCUCCGGCGGCGCCAGCAGCCCGGUGCCUCCCAGGCCUCCGCCCCCCUGCCUGGCCCCCGCCCCUCCCGCCGCCGGGCGGGCCCCUCCGCCCGAGUCGCCGCAUAAGCGGAACCUGUACUACUUCUCCUACCCGCUGUUCGUAGGCUUCGCGCUGCUGCGCUUGGUCGCCUUCCACCUGGGGCUCCUCUUCCUGUGGCUCUGCCAGCGCUUCUCCCGCGCCCUCAUGGCAGCCAAGAGGAGCUCCGGGGCCGCACCAGCACCGGCCUCGGCCUCGCCACCGGCGCCUGUGCCGGGCGGCGAGGCCGAGCGCGUCCGAGUCUUCCACAAACAGGCCUUCGAGUACAUCUCCAUUGCCCUGCGCAUCGAUGAGGACGAGAAAGCAGGACAGAAGGAGCAAGCUGUGGAAUGGUAUAAGAAAGGUAUUGAAGAACUGGAAAAAGGAAUAGCUGUCAUAGUUACAGGACAAGGCGAACAGUGUGAAAGAGCUAGACGCCUUCAGGCUAAAAUGAUGACUAAUUUGGUUAUGGCCAAGGACCGCUUACAACUUCUAGAGAAGAUGCAACCAGUUUUGCCAUUUUCCAAGUCACAAACGGACGUCUAUAAUGACAAUACUAACUUGGCAUGCCGCAAUGGACAUCUCCAGUCAGAAAGUGGAGCUGUUCCAAAAAGAAAAGACCCCUUAACACACACUAGUAAUUCACUGCCUCGUUCAAAAACAGUUAUGAAAACUGGAUCUGCAGGCCUUUCAGGCCACCAUAGAGCACCUAGUUGCAGUGGUUUAUCCAUGGUUUCUGGAGUGAAACAGGGAUCUGGUCCUGCACCUGCCACUCAUAAGGGUACUCCAAAAACAAAUAGGACAAAUAAACCUUCUACCCCUACAACUACUGCUCGUAAGAAAAAAGACUUGAAGAAUUUUAGGAAUGUGGACAGCAACCUUGCUAACCUUAUAAUGAAUGAAAUUGUGGACAAUGGAACAGCUGUUAAAUUUGAUGAUAUAGCUGGUCAAGACUUGGCAAAGCAAGCAUUGCAAGAAAUUGUUAUUCUUCCUUCUCUGAGGCCUGAGUUGUUCACAGGACUUAGAGCUCCUGCCAGAGGGCUGUUACUCUUUGGUCCACCUGGGAAUGGGAAGACGAUGCUGGCUAAAGCAGUAGCUGCAGAAUCGAAUGCAACCUUCUUUAAUAUAAGUGCUGCAAGUUUAACUUCAAAAUAUGUGGGAGAAGGAGAGAAAUUGGUGAGAGCUCUUUUUGCUGUGGCUCGAGAACUUCAACCUUCUAUAAUUUUCAUAGAUGAAGUUGAUAGCCUUUUGUGUGAAAGAAGAGAAGGGGAGCACGAUGCUAGUAGACGCCUAAAAACUGAAUUUCUAAUAGAAUUUGAUGGUGUACAGUCUGCUGGAGAUGACAGAGUACUUGUAAUGGGUGCAACUAAUAGGCCGCAAGAGCUUGAUGAGGCUGUUCUCAGGCGUUUCAUCAAACGGGUAUAUGUGUCUUUACCAAAUGAGGAGACAAGACUACUUUUGCUUAAAAAUCUGUUAUGUAAACAAGGAAGCCCAUUGACCCAAAAAGAACUAGCACAACUUGCUAGAUAUUUUACAGAACUGAAACCAGAACAGGUGAAGAAUAUGUCUGCCAGUGAGAUGAGAAAUAUUCGAUUAUCUGACUUCACUGAAUCCUUGAAAAAGAUAAAACGCAGCGUCAGCCCUCAAACUUUAGAAGCGUACAUACGUUGGAACAAGGACUUUGGAGAUACCACUGUUUAAGGAAAUAUCUUUGUAAAAAAACUGCAGAACAUUUUACUUAACAAAAGAGAAACACAAGAUCUUCAAUGAACAGUCAUCAGCUACAGAAACAGCCUAAGUUUACAGGACUUUUCAGAGUCUUACAUAUUUGUGCACCAAACUUGAAGAUGAACCAGAAAACAAACUUAAACAAAAUACACAAUGCAAAUGGAAUUUUUUGUUGUUUAAGGCCUUUCCUUGAUGGUCACUGUUAUCCCAAUGGACAUUGUAAGUUAGAGCACAACAAAAACUGAUUCUGGUCUUCUUUACCAAUAUAAUCAUAAUGUAAAUAAUCAUUUGUAUAUUGUGUGUUGCAGAUGAAAGUAUUCCAGAGACAGUGAAUGGUAGAAGACACAAGAACCUUUGGUUGUUUGUCUUCUGAUGUCUUUUUCUUAAAAUAUUAAUUUCUCCUACUUUUCUUUCCUAUUGUUGUCUUAACUGUGGGCGAUUGGAAUGCCAAACACUCUUAAAUUUAUUUUCUUUUUUUUUUUUUUUUUUAAUAAAUUCAGUGUGCCAAAUGAAACUUUUUUCCUAAGUAACUGUAAUAGGAAAAAGUUUAUUUUGAGAAUUCGUUCUUCAUAAAUCUAUAGACAUUAAACAAUUGUUGUGUUCUUUUUACCUUUUAUUUUUCUAUUACCUUGCUACCAAACAAUUUAGAUAGCAAUAUAAUAGCAACAAAGCAAAUCUGGUAGAAUAGAGAAGGUUUGAAGGUUUGAGUUACUCUGUCAUGUAACAUGUAGAUCAGUCCUCAUGUGACCUGCAGUAUUUUUUUUUUAAGUAUUUGUCAGAAAUCUAUUGUAGACUGUUAACUUCUUCCUUAUGGUAUUUAUUUUCUGAAAGAAUUAUUCUGAUAUUUAAGAGAGCCAAUUUUAACUGCUAUGAAAAUGUUUCCAGUGCAAGAGAAGGGAAAUACUAGGAACUAAGACAUUUCUAAUUUAUUGCUUAUUACUUUCCUAAUGUUUACAGGAUAAUUAUAAGCCAGUGAAACUACUGUCUUUUAUUCUUGAUAAUUAUUAAUCCCUUCAAUGAAACUUUUAAAAACUGAAAUUUUAUACAUGGCAUACAUUUUUCUAGGUUCCUUGUGCUUGCUCUAUUAAUUCAAAAGUUCUAGUUCUAGUCUGAUCUGCCUUUUGUUCUCCCAAAAUGUAUAGUAAUUCUGUUUCUCGUUUGUAUAAAUAUGCCUGGAUUUUUAUUAUAAAAAUGUCAUUGUAGGGAGUAGAGACUCAUAUCAUGGCCUUUUAAAUAUUGUAAUAAAGGCAAAUAGAUAUUUGCCCUUAGUUUACUGGUUAAAAGUUUGUUUACAGAACUUUUCUCUGGUGCUUAAAUGAUGCUAUGUAAAAUGUCAUGGGUAGGAAGAAUAUUUGUAGUAGUAACAAAAAUUUUUCAUUUUGGAAAGAUUUCUUAGGUUUUGAAAGAGUAUAUUAAAAUAAAAUCUUGUCCCUACUAGGUAAGAACCUUA